GAGGACGCACGCUGCGGGCCGCCGUUCGAGGGCCCGCAGCGCAGGCGGACGCGACGCGGGGCUGACGCGGAGCGAGCCAGCGCCGCGGUCUCUUUCCCUUCCCUCCCAUUCUUCUCCUCCCCUUCCCUCGCAGCGGUCUCCCCGCCGGCGGACCGGAACUAUGUGAUCCCGGAAGUUCCGGGGCCACUGCUGUGUGGGAUAAACAGUAAUGGCGGAGGCUGCGGCUCCCGGAACAACAGCCACAACAUCAGGAGCGGCAGCGGCCUCCCUCGCCCCUCUCCCCACCGUCGCGGCUCCGUCGCCGGGGGCGGGCGGGGGGGGCGGCGGCAGCGGCGGCGGCUGGACCAAGCAGGUCACCUGCAGGUAUUUCAUGCAUGGGGUUUGUAAGGAAGGAGAUAACUGUCGCUACUCACAUGACCUUUCUGACAGUCCCUAUGGUGUAGUGUGCAAGUAUUUCCAGCGAGGGUACUGUGUGUAUGGAGACCGCUGCAGAUAUGAGCACAGCAAGUCAUUGAAACAGGAAGAAGCAGCUGCUACUGAUACUGCUUCUGGGUGUGCAGAGGCCCCCGUGCAGGGCCCAGGGCCCAAGGCGGAGUCCGAGAAGGAGCCAGCUGCGGUGGAGACCAGGAAGCAGCUGUGUCCCUAUGCCGCCGUGGGCGAGUGCCGCUACGGGGAGAACUGUGUGUACCUGCACGGCGACGCCUGCGACAUGUGCGGGCUACAGGUCCUGCACCCGGUGGAUACAGCCCAGAGGUCCCAGCACAUAAAAUCUUGCAUCGAGGCCCAUGAGAAGGACAUGGAGCUGUCCUUUGCCGUGCAGCGCAGCAAAGACAUGGUGUGUGGCAUCUGCAUGGAGGUGGUGUAUGAGAAAGCCAACCCCAGUGAGCGCCGCUUCGGCAUCCUCUCCAACUGCAGCCACACCUACUGUCUCAAGUGUAUUCGCAAGUGGAGGAGUGCUAAGCAAUUUGAGAGCAAGAUCAUAAAGUCCUGCCCCGAAUGCCGGAUCACAUCUAACUUUGUCAUUCCAAGUGAGUACUGGGUGGAGGAGAAAGAAGAGAAGCAGAAACUCAUUCAGAAAUACAAGGAGGCAAUGAGCAACAAGGCAUGCAGGUAUUUUGAUGAAGGCCGUGGGAGCUGCCCAUUUGGAGGGAACUGUUUUUACAAGCAUGCGUACCCUGAUGGCCGUAGAGAGGAGCCACAGAGACAGAAAGUGGGAACAUCAAGCAGAUACCGGGCCCAACGGAGGAACCACUUCUGGGAGCUCAUUGAGGAAAGAGAGAACAGCAGCCCUUUUGACAACGAUGAAGAGGAGGUGGUCACCUUUGAGCUGGGCGAGAUGUUGCUUAUGCUUUUGGCUGCAGGUGGGGACGACGAGCUGACUGACUCUGAGGAUGAGUGGGACUUGUAUCACGAUGAGCUGGAAGACUUUUAUGACUUGGACCUAUAGCAGCUUUGCAUGGCGAGGGAACGGCCUGCCGAGCCUCAGACAGUAGCUGUCCUCUGUGCCGCAUGGCAGUGUGUUGCUCUCCUAGGCAGGCCUCAACUCCAGGUGCUGUCGUGACCACUUACCAGGGCCUGUUCUCCACCCCACUUCCCCAAGAGUGUGUCGUUUUCUCUGUUUCAAAAAGUUACAAAAAUAAAUCUUCAAGUUAGCUUUUUUUGUAACAUCUAUUUAACUGUCAGACAGUUAGCAUAGGGUUGUUGAGUCACCUGUUUUUGGCCUGGUUGUGUUUAUGGACUUUCCACACUCAUUUCAAGGCUCCCAGGUUCAAAUGGAAAAGCACCGGCUGUGCUUGGUGGUCCAAGAGUAGGGCUGACGGGUGAAGGGACCUGAGCUGGCAAGUAAGUAGCCUUCUGUUCUGGAGAUAGCAGUGGGUCCUGCGCUGCGGGGAGCCCUGCGCGUCUGUGUUCAUGUCUGCUCCUUCCUUGUGACCCCACCCCACGUGGUUGUCCUGUGGUUCUGGUCUCUUGUUUCAUUGCACUCAUGGAUACUACUGGGGCAGCUAGAAUCAGCUGUGAGUGUGAGCUUAGUGUGACAGGAGCACUUCGGAAAGACACACAUGGUGUCAGUGGCUUCCACGAGUACAGGGUUGGUGGUGGACACCCAGAAGCCGAAGACAAGGUGUGUGAGCAUAAGCAGGCGUGCAAGAAGCUUCCGCCCCUGCAUAGACGCAGGUAUUUCUUAGGGUUAGCGGACAGACUUCGUUUCGUGGUGUCAGCCCCUUGUUGCCCAUAGAUCUGAAAGGACAAAGCAGUGAAAGGUAGUUAAUGUAACCGGGCGAACUGUCUAGUUACCAGUCAGUUAGCCAGGGAGGUUAGUGACCCGGUUACGCCAUCUACCAGUACCCACUGGUGCUUGGUUAUACAGUGUUGGGUUUCUUUUGUGUUUUAUGGUCUCGCCUUUCUGGUCCAGGCACUUUUGAACACGCUUUGUCCUGGUUGAGGCUUCUGGUUGGUGUAGGAGCUGUUUGUUUCAGUCGUGCUGCCUCGGCCCAUCCCGCGCCGUGCAGGCAGGCAGACAGACGUGACGGAAGGUGCACAUCGUAGCGUUGUAGCUGGUUGGCAGCAUAAGUCACACUUCCUCUAAGGGGGAGGGGUUCAUGGGAUAAGCUGAGGUAACUUGUUAGAAGAACUCCUCCCUGGGAAGUUUAUCUUUACAUUUUGUCACUCUGAUUCCUGAAAAUAACUUGGGAAAUGUUCCUGAUUUGUCCAUCUACUGCUCUGAUUCCUCAGACCCCGCCCAUUGUUUCACUUUAAAAAAAACCAAGUUAAUUGUUGGCAGAGGUCUCUGUAUUUUACAGCUGCCCUUUUGUAAGAAGCACUUUUCCCAAAUAAACAAUUUUAAAAACUUA